UAACUAAUAACAUGAAUUUCCAAAAUUAUUUUUAUAUUAGGUAUUCGUGUAAGUAAUUUUUUCCAUUUUAAAAAUAGUGAACGAUACAAAAUUUAAAAAUAAACAUGCUAGUUUUGUUUAUUACCAUGAGGGCGAUAUCUAUUGUGGUGCGUGGGCAGGCACGCAUACCGCGUACACACACACGUAUCAUGCAUUCAUGUGAGAAGCGCGCCAAGACGAGUGUUUCCGGUAGACAAGGCGCGGCCGGCCGGCGGGCGACGCGAGGCGGCGUGGCGAGAUGGCGGCAGCAGAACCUCGAGAGUCGGCCAAGGAGAGAGCGCGAUGCCGCUGCCCGCAGAGCAGGCCCUGGUGACCAAAGGUGAGUCUUCAAGCGGUCACAGCAUUCUUUUAAAAAUGAUUUUUACUGUCAAUCCCUCUAAAUACACUGCCAUUAAUAUUUCACAUCUCAGAACCUUUCUGUCUCUGUAAUAAAAUUAUUUUAAAAACUAAUUCUGAUUUAAUUUACAGGUCUCUUUUCGUAAAAGCAAGGUUCUAUUUUAUAAACUACAAGACUAAUUUUCUUCAAAGUGUUUUGGUCAUUUUAAAAUUUGUGUCUAAAAUUGAGUCCCAUUAGAAUUUAUAGUCAUACGAGUAUGGUAAUAUAGACCAUUGUAUGUAGUUUUAAAUCUCCAAGUUCUAAGCAGGUAUUGCAUGUAAAAUUCUAACAAAUGUUUUGUUGCUUUGUAAUUUACAAUAUUAGUGUACUGGGUAUAGUUGCAUAAAAUAAAAUACCUUAUCUCAUGAAAUCAUCACUGAAACAGUUGUAGCUUCUUAAAUUGUGCCUAACAAUGUGAAAAUCUAAUUGGAAUCCACAUUUCUUUUAUAUAGAAUAAUGUGCAUUUUAUGUUUUAGAAAUGCCAAAACUAUUAGAGCGUACUGUAUAUGUUAAAAAUACAUGAGACCAAGUUAUAUCUACUUCGAUUGAUUGUAUUUUGAACGUCAUCUAAGCUUAUAUAGAUUUUCAAUCCAAAAUAUGUAAAAAGGAGCAACACUUGAUAAAUUAGCUUGCAUGCACUUUUAUAUUCACACUACAUUUUAAUUGUAAAAUUAUAACAAAAUGUACAAAAUGUUCUAAUAACAGAAUUGAUAAAAGAUUCACUUGACAAGAAUUAUCCUGUUAAUAAAGGGAACAGUUUGAUAUUCGUGUAUGGGUUUAUAUAGAAAACACAUAAAUUGGACAUUUCUCUUCCACCUCAAAUUAAACUCUUUUAGCACACGUUAAAAUUUAAAAACUGGUGUUUAUCUUUUAAUCUUGUUUAGUUAGGAUUUUUAGUCUGAUAAUUUGUGUUGAGGAGAUUUAAUUAUUUCAGUCACAUUUACGAAUUAAAAACAAACAGAAAAUCUAAUAACCUUAAAUAGUCUUUUUAUUUGGAUGAUGUUUCUUUUUUUGAAGGGAACACAGAAAAGACUAGUUAGUGUGGUUUAAAAAAUAAAAGAUAAGAGACUAAUGAAAAAAGACCUAAUGAGUAUGCUAUAUAAUUAAUUUUGACGAAAAUAAACGUUGGGCUGAGUGCAUGUCCCGAAACGUAUGUCUGUUAUAUGAGUUCACAAUAAUAAUCGGUAAGUCUUAAUUAUAUUCUUUUUAUGAAUUCCAAAACAUUGAAAGAAAGGUAAAAAAUGGAUAUAAUUUUCGUAAUGCUUCUAAAAGUGGUUUUCGUAAUAUGUUAUAAGUGUAAUAUUUACUCUAGGAUAGGCUGUUUACUCCCAGUAUCUUUUAAAACGAGAAACAAUACAACGAUAAAGAUCUCUCUACACUUCAAAUUUAAAUGCUUCUCAGAAAUAUUGUAAGAAAAAAGUGUUAUUCGUUUUAUUUCAGAAUACUUUGAAAUACCUAUCAAAUUUUGUUUAAUAUAAAACCUUUCUUAUAAAUUUUUUUUUAACAAUAAUUACUUCCAGCAAACAGCGUAGGCUACAACAUGAGAGGUAAGAAUAUAUUUUCCUGGUCUGAUAUAUAUAAAUAUCAGUUUUUAGAUAAAAUCAAUAUGAGUUCUACAGCAUGGUCCUAAGUCAAAAUCUGAUUAGUACUAAUAUAACGUUAUGAUAAGGGAGUAGUCUAUUAUAAUGAUCCAUUUUCGUACAAUUAUUUUUAUAUUAGAAUAAUCACAGUUAAAGUUUAUAAAGUUACUUCACUAAUCACAGUUACAGUUUAUAAAGUUACUUAUGCAGAAGAAGAGGAAUAGUUAGUUAUUAUUUGGGGCAACAUUUUGUUGUUUUCCAACACUGAGGUGAAAUUAACAUUUAAAAUUCAUAUAUUAUUUAUGAUAACUAGCCAGAAUAAACUACGCAUGAGCAUAAUUAGGCAUAAUUACGUUGAAGCGUAACUAAACAAUAAUAUAUAAUUUCUCAAAAAUUAUACAGAUGUAAGGAGACUAAAAUUAUUGCUGUAAGUUACGAUUACUGUCUGGUAAUAGCUCAAGUUUUCAAAACAUUUGUGCGUGAACUGGACCACACGCUUACUGGAAGAUUAUUAUUCCAUGUGGUAUAAAGUUAAUUUUGCCAUGUUGCCAAUUUAUUCGGCCAAUAAUUAAUUAAUGAAGAAUGUUAUAAGAACCUAAAAUAACAGUUGUUAAAUAAACAUAUUUUGGCAGUCUAAUAUGUUCACAUCUCAAAAUUACAAAUACAUCCCCAGAAUUCCUGAAACCCUUUCGAGUCGGUCAGAAACGGCCGCUAAAACACCCAUAUCGACAAUCAAGGGUGAAAUCAUUUUCAUAAUUACAAGACGGACGCGUCCAUUUCAUCUCCACGCGCGACGGGCGCGAGCGGGGAAAGCGGGAAAGCGCAAGGAGUGAAAAAUACCGUGCGCAAAGCGAGAAAGAGAAAUGAAGAAAAGGAGGGAAAAAAUCGCGCGCACUGGAAAAAGUCUGUGCGCGUCCCCCUCCCCUCCACAUCUUAGACCCCUCAGGCGCUCCUUCGAGUCCCCCCUCCCCCUGCCGGCGUGUAGGGAGGGAGGCCUCGGUUUUUUCCCGCGGAGCAUUCUUCCGUUUGCUGCGGUCGAGGGCAGAGCUCAACUUGAGGAGUGGCGUCGGUUGGCAGCGCUGCCGCGGGCUAAGGCGGGUUGCCAAAUUGGGAGAGGCUGCGGGCCGACUUGCUUUCUCGAAAGGGGCAGAGUUCCGCCCAGGUCCGUACAUAUGCAAACUACCCGAUACUCUUUGUAUCCUGCACUUAACAUAACCUAUCCUAACCCUGCCUCGCGGUUCCCACACAGAAUUAACAUCACUAUACCUGUGGUUGUUUGCAUAUUUACGCCUUCCCUGGACUGUAGAGGACAGCUCUCAUGCGAUUUGCAUCUCAGCGGCCUACUCAGUCUUCCUACUGAUGCCCCUCCUCCCCCGAAACGUAAUGUAUUCCCAAUACACGGAGCGGGGCGGCGCAGCGUGUCGGUGGCAGACGAAGAGCGCAACGCACCUCCGUUAUAAAUGCGAAUUUAACGACCCCCACCCCGUGAUGGAUGGUGAAUCUCAGUCUGCAAUUUGCCAGCUCCUGCAUCUUGUAUGGGGAACGCACCUCUCCAUUUGUCUUCGCCAGGGUACACUUGCUUGCCGGAUUCCUUGGAUUCGCUUCGGAACUCUUCUUGGAUUUACUAACUGAGUGAAUAUUAAUUUGUUGAUUCCUGUUCUGUAUCCUCUAAAUAAUGAAUGCUGC